UUUUGCCUUCUCCAGCCCUUUCCCGCCCAGCUCAUUCCUUUUUAUUUUUAUUUUAUUUCCCCCCCUCUGAGAACUUCACUCCUGUGAGGAGAAAAGGGGCUGCUCUCACUUGUUCUUGGCGCGGGAGAGGCGCAAAACACUGCCGGCUACCGGACUGACUCGGUGGAAAAAGAGAGCCCGGAGUUAGCUCCCUGAACUUGCCUGGUCGGUCCAACCUCCCGCGCAGGAGUAGCGGGAGAUGUAAUCCGGGUGCGAGAUCCAGAAGGUUUUGCACCUGGAGUUUGCAGAAGAAGGGGCCAGGAGGCCAGAACCCCUUGCGGCGGUACCCCCCAGCCCCCGGGGGCUGGUCGGAAGCUGGGAUGGGGGUCAUUGACCAGGAGGGAAGCCCCGAGCGCUUAUCUUCCCUUCCCAUGAAUUAGCACCGCUGCCACCCCCGAGGGAAACGACGGGGGAGGAGGGUGGUGGUGGUGGUGGAAGCAGAAGACGAACGAGCUCCGGCUUCCACGGCAAGACUUAGCUGUAAGUGAACGUGAAGGGCGGCGAGCAGAAGCGGGAAAGCGAUGCCGUUGAGGCUGCACUGGUUUUGGUGGUGGGCGGUGGUGUGUGGUAGCUAUUGCUGCUGUCCCCUGCCUGGGCUGCCUCUCCUCCCCGCCGCGGGGGCGCUUCUCCUGGGCAGCCGGACCGCCGCGGGCUUCAUCCCCGGGAGCGGUAAGACUCAGCCUCAGGCGCCCGUCUCCACCUCUUCCUCCCCGGCGGGCUUCCUCUACCGUCGCCUCAAGUCCCACGAGAAGCGGGAGAUGCAGAAGGAAAUUCUUUCCGUGCUGGGCUUGCCUCACCGGCCCCGGCCCGCGCACGGGCUUCAGCUGCAGCAGCCGGGAGAGCUCGAAGUUCCUCUCCCCCAGCACCGCCGGCGGCAGCAGCAGCAACAGCAGUCAGCGGCCCCGCCGGGCAGGCUUAACUCUGCGCCCCUCUUCAUGCUGGAUCUCUAUAACACACUGUCCGGCGCGGAGGAAGCGGCGGCGGCGGAAGGAGAGGACGAGCAUCGCGGCGGCGGCGGCGGCGACGACACCCGGCACACCUCCACUGCGCGACCCCUGCAGCGCAAAACUCUCCUCACCCACAACCUGGGCUCCCCCGGCAACCCUAGCCUGGCUAGCUCGCAGGACAGCGCUUUUCUCAACGAGGCGGACAUGAUCAUGAGCUUCGUCAACCUGGUUGAAUAUGACAAGGAAUUCCUGCCUUAUCAGCAUCAUCACAAGGAGUUCAAAUUUAAUUUGUCUCAGAUUCCAGAAGGAGAGGCCGUUACUGCUGCUGAAUUCCGAAUCUACAAGGACUGUGUUUUUGGAGGCUUUAAAAAUCAAACCUUUCUGAUUAGCAUCUAUCAAGUAUUGCAAGAAUAUCAGAACAGAGAUUCAAACUUGUUUAUGCUGGACACCCGAAUAGUAUGGGCCUCAGAAGAAGGAUGGCUAGAAUUUGACAUCACUGCUACUAGCAACAUGUGGGUGAUAAACCCUCAGCAUAAUUUGGGACUCCAGAUGAGUGUGGUGACUAGAGAUGGUCUCAGUAUAAACCCUAGAGAAGCAGGACUAAUAGGUCGAGAUGGCCCUUAUGAUAAACAGCCUUUCAUGGUGGCUUUUUUUAAAGUGAGUGAAGUUCAUGUUCGGACUGUUAGGUCAGCACCCAGCAGACGCAGGGACCAGAGCAGAAACCGCUCCACACAACCACAAGAUGUUUCCAGGACAUCCAGUAUCACAGAUUAUAACAGCAGCGACCUAAAAACAGCUUGCAGAAAGCAUGAACUUUAUGUUAGCUUCCAAGACUUGGGAUGGCAGGAUUGGAUAAUUGCACCAAAGGGUUAUGCAGCAAACUACUGUGAUGGAGAAUGCUCUUUCCCUCUCAAUGCUCAUAUGAAUGCCACAAAUCAUGCCAUUGUGCAAACUUUGGUUCACCUAAUGAAUCCGGAGAAUGUUCCUAAACCAUGUUGUGCUCCUACAAAACUUAAUGCAAUUUCAGUUCUUUACUUUGAUGACAAUUCCAACGUCAUUUUGAAAAAAUACAGGAAUAUGGUGGUAAGAGCUUGUGGGUGUCACUGACAAAGUAUCCUUACAAGAAGCAGCAAAGGAAAAUCUAAUGCUUCUGGAAUAGCAUUUGUGCCUUCAGAAGGAAUAAUGAAAAGCAAAGAAUUCUGUUACUACUUGUUAAGUAUUUGCACAGUCAUUGCUUUUUGAUCUUAUAAUUUUAAAUAGGCCAGAGCAAGUUAUAAAAUAUGAAUCCUGUGAAUAUAGACUGAUCUGACAAAAGUAACCUGAUGUUUCAACUACAUUUCAGUCUUACUAAACAAGCAUCCCUCACAUUUUGGAUAAUAUCUCAAGAAGAAAACAGGAAUCUAUCUAAGGAAUAAAAAGCACAAUUUUAACUUGAAAUUACAACCACAUAGAUAUUAACAAAACUAUCUUUGCUUACCCUUAAGGCAUAAAAACCGAAUAUGUGAGAUCCUGGAAACUACUGCAAGAAAAUGUCUUCUGUUUUGAUGAACUGUUUCACUUAAAUUGCUUCCUUUAGAAGCUAAAGACAGCUUUUAUACACUAUCCUUUCAAAUAAAAAAGAACUGGUCAUAUGUCUCUUAAUCUGAUUAGGGCAACCUUCUUUGAGCUACCAUUUUGGGGAUAAGGGGUUGUUUUGGAGGCAAGCUUAUCAGACAGAUAGGAAGAUGCUUCUGUGUUAUUUUCAAAAGCAUUUCCUACAGUUACAUUCUAUUGCUAAUCCUAACCAACUUUCUUAGUAUUUUGGCAGCACCAUGACCAAAUGUGCACAUGAACCCAAAAUCUAUUCCUCAGACAAAAAACAUGUAACUCCACUGGACAUAUGGAGGAACUGAGAAGUUUCAAACUACAUGUUUUUCAAAAAAUCUGGUUUCCUCAAAUGGGAAAGAAAAUGAAUCAUACUAAGUUUACUAAAGAAGAGACAUUUACCCGAUUGCUCUUCAGAAUAAUGUAAGUUGACAAGAUGAAACUGAGACAAAGCUGCAGUCAGAGAAGUAGAACUGCUUUACAUUUACUCAUAAUAAUGGGGCAUAUCCUUAGUUUGAGAAAAAUACAUUCAAAUGAUAUAUGAUACUUAUUCUAAGGUCAGAUUCCAGAUAAAUGCCCAGGCAAAAUUUCAACAAAGUGCACUUCCCUUUGACUACUUUUCAUUUUAAGAAGAUUUUUGUAAAUAACUAAAGGUAUAAUUUAUUGCAGUCAUCAGAUAUAUUAACCUUGAUGUAUUAUUUAGUAAGACCAUCAUUUUUUUAAAAAAAUUUAUUCAGAAAUUGUGUAAACAAUUGUACCACUUGAUUUUGUACAAGAAACUCAUGAAUUACAACUUAGCCAGCUCAUAAGAUUGUGCUUCUUUAGGUUUUUAAAAUGAAUAAAAACUCCUUUUAAGGCAGAAAUAUGUGUUGAUUUCUCUGCCAUAUGUGAUUAGCCCUUUCAGUUAACUUCCAUAAUUCACAAAUGUUUUUUCCAGCUUUGUUCUGGACAAAUUCUCUAGCCUUCCAAAAA